UGCAAGCGCUGGACAGGAGCGCGCGCAUACUUCAGCCCUUCCGGACACAGCGCAAACGCGUCUGCGGUUAGAGCCGGCGUCUUACCCAAAAGCGGAAUAGCAAAUACACGUAUCUGUACUUCGGGGUCGAAGGAAGUUCCUUCAGGGAGAUGGUGUGGAUGAACAGAUGAUUUGAGAAUCUGAAACUCUGUUUCCAGGGUGAUGAGCGAUAUUCUGUGAAAAUCAAGAUUAGUAUGGGCUGUGCUUGCUGUAAGCAGAGGAAGGCCUCCAAAGCGUCCACUGUGUCCUAUGGUGACACAUGUAACGCAGGGAGUGGGGCUCAGAUGACGGAAAGCUCCCGAUAUAUUGCAGACCCCACCCAUAACUCAGGGGUUGGCCUCAUCCCAAACUUCAAUGAUUUCCCCAACACAAUCUCUAGCUCUAGCUCUUUUCCAGCAUCCAGCUUCCCCUCCAACCCUAGCCAACCUCGGUCUACUGCCAUCACAGGAGGAGGGGUGACGCUGUUUAUUGCUCUAUACGAAUAUGAUGCACGUACAGAGGAUGACCUGAGCUUUCAGAAGGGAGAAAAGUUCCACAUUAUCAAUAAUACCGAAGGUGAUUGGUGGGAAGCACGCUCUCUGGACACAGGGAAGUCUGGAUAUAUUCCCAGUAACUAUGUGGCCCCUGUGGAUUCCAUACAGGCUGAGGAGUGGUAUUUUGGGAAGAUGGGUCGUAAGGAUGCAGAACGGCAACUCCUGGGCCAGAGCAACCCUAGAGGGACGUUCUUAAUAAGAGAGAGUGAGACUACUAAAGGAGCGUACUCUCUGUCUAUCAGAGACUGGGAUGAGGCAAAGGGCGAACAUGUAAAGCAUUAUAAAAUCAGGAAGCUUGAUAAUGGUGGAUAUUACAUCACAACCCGAAGCCAGUUUGAAACUGUGCAGCAACUGGUGCAACAUUAUUCAGAUCGUGCAGCAGGGCUUUGCUGCCGUCUGAUGGGCAGCUGUAGGCGGGGUAUGCCUAAACUAGCUGACCUGUCAGUGAAGACUAAGGAUGUUUGGGAGAUACCAAGGGAGUCACUUCAGCUAAUUAAGAAACUGGGCAACGGGCAAUUUGGUGAAGUGUGGAUGGGUAUGUGGAAUGGCACUACUAAAGUGGCAGUGAAGACUCUGAAGCCUGGCACCAUGUCUCCAGAGGCUUUCCUAGAUGAGGCCCAGAUCAUGAAGAGACUCCGCCAUGAUAAACUGGUGCAGCUGUAUGCUGUGGUGUCAGAAGAACCAAUCUACAUCAUCACAGAGUUCAUGAGUCAAGGAAGCUUGUUAGACUUCCUUAAAGAUGGAGACGGCAAAAAUCUGAAGCUGCCUCAGCUUGUGGACAUGGCUGCACAGAUUGCAGCUGGAAUGGCAUACAUUGAGAGGAUGAACUACAUCCACAGAGACCUGAGAGCAGCAAACAUCCUGGUGGGAGAUAGCUUGGUCUGUAAGAUUGCAGACUUUGGGCUGGCCAGACUUAUUGAAGACAAUGAAUACACUGCCAGACAAGGGGCAAAAUUUCCGAUAAAGUGGACUGCCCCAGAGGCAGCUCUCUAUGGCAAAUUUACCAUCAAGUCAGAUGUGUGGUCAUUUGGCAUCCUACUGACUGAGCUCAUUACGAAAGGCAGAGUGCCAUACCCAGGGAUGAAUAACAGGGAGGUCCUGGAGCAAGUGGAACGCGGUUAUCGUAUGCCAUGUCCACAGGGCUGUCCAGCCUCUCUGCACGAGUUAAUGCUGCAAUGCUGGAGGAAGGAUGCAGAUGAGCGCCAUACCUUUGAGUACCUGCAGGGCUUCCUGGAGGACUACUUCACUGCCACUGAACCACAGUACCAGCCGGGAGAGGACCUGUGAUGCAAGCACAUGUAAAGCGAGCUGACUGCUCUUCCAGUGCAUUUAAUGGGUUGGUUUUUAAAAGGGAUUUCCAAGUGAGGCCCUCAUACUAUGUCUUCAAAAGAAUGUAUGUGGGAUGAUGUGCAAACCUUUUUUGAUAGAAAGCCUUUAUUUCAGUCAUUUUAAAGCAAAGAAGCAGUUUGUCCUGAAGUAUUACAUUAAAAGCAAUGGCUAUUUAAAAGCAUAUCAAGCUGAAUUUGCACGCUGUUAUUGUAAUAAGGUGUUCUAUUAUCACCUGAAGUCAGACAGGACAUUUUACAGGACUUUGCACAGUCACAGUACGUUUUGGCCACAGUAGGCCUAUGGGCCAGAACAAAUAAACUAUAGGGACAUAUCUUUAUAAUGUCUAACAUUUCUUUGGACUGUGAUUUUUUUGUAUCAGAUAUUUUAUUUCUUUCUCUUUAGCCUUCUUAUCUGAAGCUGUAUGAUUUCAUAGCUUUGAGUCUGGUCUUGGGUCAGCAUUGGCAUGUUAAAAGGUAUAAAGAUUAUUCAGUAGGUCAGACACAACAGCUUUAAUAUCUGCUUUAAAUUGAAAUUGUAUCUAUCUUUUAUGUUAUUUGUAUGUCACAAUAUACAACUGAUUAAUACUUAAUAAGUGCCUGUCAAACUGGUGCCUUCAAGUGCUUUCACUGUUCGGAGGUUUGGAUUGUCCACUCUCAAAUUAUUGACAGAUUAUUAGAGUGUGCUGUCUGUUUUGUAAGAAGUUUCAUUAAAACAAUCUGCUCAA